CUCCGCCGCCUCAACGACCGACUCCCGGCCUUCCUGCGCGCAUACACCACGCCCCUCCUCGGCGCCCCCGCCACCUAUAUCACCUCAUUCCUGAUCCUCCACGAGCUCACGGCAAUUGUACCCCUCUUCGGUCUAGUCGCCGCCUUUCACUACGGGAAUUGGCUCCCUGAUUUGACCGCUAAUCGGUCUUUCGAGGAGGGCACGCAGCGUUUUGCGCGGUGGUUGCGCAAGAAGGGAUGGGUGGAGGAUGCGGAUGUGGAAUCUGUUGUUGGGGAGGGGUCGUCGGAUGACUCUAUCGGGAGGUUGUCUCCGACUAAGGAAGCGGCGGGGGGAAAGGAGGGGACGGGUGCGUGGUUGAUUUUGGAAUUCGCUACAGCUUACGCGAUUACCAAGGCUUUUUUGCCGCUGCGGAUUGCGGCUAGUUUUUGGGCGACACCGUGGUUUGCUAGAGUUGUUGUGAGUCCUUUGGCUCGAGGGACGAGGGCCUUGUUUGGGAGGAAGUAG